UUUGCCCAACAUAUUAAUAACAUUGUUUUUGUAUAGAUGCCGUUUCUUUUAAUUAGCAACAACUGAUGUUGGAGCUUUAAAAUGGAUGAAAUAAACGAUUUCUUCAACUUUAGCAAACCUUUAAAGCGGGUGGGAACUUCUCACCAUGGUGCUUAUCGUGAUAAUUCCAGAACAAGCGCAAGUUUCAAAAAUAUAAAGGUAAAAGUUGAACGUGAAAAAGAAGUGCAAGAAUAUGAUAACACAUUAAAGAGACGCCAGGAGACACUAAUGAACAAACUAAAUAAUGAUACGGACGAUGAUGACAUGCCAAGCUGUUCGAAAAUGAAUAGCACUUUAAAUGAUAUAAGUGAUGACGAGGACGUCGAUAUGGAUGUCAAGCCUCAAAUAGAUGACAUUUAUGAUAAAUAUAACUUUCUACGUGAUCAUAACAAAAGACUUCCAAUUCACGAUAACAAAGAAGUUAUAAUUGCAAAGAUUCGUAAACAUCCCGUUGUUAUUCUUCAAGGCGAGACUGGCUGCGGUAAAACUACACAAGUUCCGCAAUAUAUACUGGAUGAUGCAUUUACUCGUAGGCAAUUUUGUUCAAUUGCUUGCACCCAGCCUAGAAGGAUUGCAGCAUUAUCCAUUGCUCGUCGAGUUUCAAGUGAACGAAAUUUGGAACUUGGCUCCUUAGUGGGCUAUCAGAUUGCAUUGCACCAAACCACUUCUGCGGAUACACGCAUACUGUUUUGUACUACGGGCGUAUUGUUGCAAAAAAUUAUUACAGCAAAAUCAUUAUGUGCAUUCACUCACAUUUUACUUGAUGAAGUUCAUGAACGUGACCAAGAAAUGGAUUUUUUACUCAUAGUCAUAAGGCAUCAUUUGGCAACAACAUCAAAACAUGUGAAGAUUGUUAUGAUGUCUGCUACUAUUGAUACGUCAAAAUUUGCUGAAUAUUUUAAAAUACGCAAUGUUGCUGCACCAAUAGUUCGUGUCGAUACUCGGCGUUUGUACAGCGUGAAAGAACACUAUUUGGAUGAUUUGGCUCGCAUAAACAUUAAUCAUGUUGAACCUGAAGAGGGUAAACCAAACAUAAGCCCAGAAUUGUAUACCGUAACAUUAAAGUUGGUUAUUGUUAUUGAUAACAUAGAAAAGGAAGAAGCUAUGUUUUCUCUUGAACCAUCUUCUGAUCAAAGUUCUAUUUUAAUAUUUUUACCGGGAUUGAAUGAAAUUGACUUGAUGCUUGUUAAAUUACAAAGAUUAAACAACGAAACUAAUGUAAAGCUGAUGCCUAUACGUUUACAUUCCUUAAUAUCAACUGAAGAACAAAAUAAGAUUUUUACCUCCGUUCCAGGAUUUCGAAAGGUUAUUUUGGCCACAAAUAUUGCAGAAAGUUCUAUUACUGUACCGGAUGUAAAAUAUGUUAUUGAUUUUUGUUUGACGAAGCACAUGGUAGUAGACACCUCUACAAAUUUUAGUUCACUGAAAAUGCAAUGGGCAUCCAAAGCGAACUGUAAACAAAGAGCUGGUCGCGCAGGCCGUUUAUCUUCUGGACGUGUAUACCGUAUGGUGUCAAAAUAUUUUUAUACUAAUUACCUAUAUGAGUACAGUGAACCUGAAAUGCUACGUUGUCCUCUGGAAACAGUUAUUCUAAAAGCUAAAUUAUUAGAAUUAGGACCACCAACAGAUGUUUUAAGUCUGGCAAUGGAUCCACCCAAUCUUUUAGAUGUGACAAACACAAUUUUAACCUUAAAAGAAAUAGGUGCUCUAUACACGCAUGUAAAUGGACAGUAUAAAGUACAAGAUGGUGAUUUGACAUUUAUUGGUCGAAUAAUGGCUGCUUUGCCUAUAGAUGUGCAUCUUUCACGUUUAGUUGUAUUAGGUUACAUGUUCAGCGUACUAGAGGAUACUAUUAUUAUGGCUGCUGCAUUAAGUGUUCGGUCCAUUUUUAAAUAUCCUAUUAGACAAAAAGAAAAAGAGGCUGAAUCUCAUAUACGCAAACUUCUUUGGGCAGAUGGUACUGGUUCUGAUUUGAUCGCUAUUUGUAGAGCUUAUAAGUGUUGGCUAGGAAAUCGUGAGCAACAUUCAGUAAUGGAAGAAAGUGAAUCUAUCUGGGCAAGACGCUUUUAUAUAGACUUGCGUUCACUGAAGGAAAUGUAUUUAUUAGUCCAAGAAAUAAAAGAACGUUUAGAAGCUGUAGGCAUAAAAGAGCAAAGCUCAUACCAACGUGUUUUUUGGUUUGAUCGAGAAAAAAAUAUUAUAUUAAAAGUUGUGAUUGCUGGUGCGUUUUAUCCAAAUUAUUUUAUACACUCUAAAGUAAAUGAUAUUGACCAUGAUCGUGGUAUAAACCACAUUUUGAAUGGAAAUGACGCACUCAGUACUGUAUAUUUCACAAAGUUCGAUUCAUUUCGUAUUGGACAACUAUAUAUUCGUUCGAUUAAAUCACUUUUUAAGGGUGUACUUAUUUCACCAAAAAAUAUUCAAAUACGUUUUCAACCUGGAUCUCAGCGAGUUUUUGCGACAUUUGUUGAUAACGACGAAGAUGAAAAAGACGGAAAUCGUCUCACAGUUCCCGGUAUUAUACGCCCGGAAAUUUUCAAAGCAUUAUUAUUACGCAGCAUGAAGUUACAGUGUACGAUCCCAGUACUUGAAUCUAAGUAUGAAGGCAAAUAUGCUGAAGAGCGAAAUCUCGGUGUAAUGAACUGUGGUCAAUGGGUGUCAAACAAAUCAAAUAUAUUAAAUCCUGAUUUAAUGGUUUUACCAACUCUUUUUGUAGAAAACGUAAGAGGUUAUAUAACACACGUUGAAAGCUGUACUAAAUUUUUUUUUCAACCAUUAUCUGAAAUGGAACGUUUACGUGAAAUUAGACUUAUAUUAAACGAUAGUGAUGAGAGUAAAACAAUUCGUCGUUAUGAAUAUCCGUCUAAUAUUUCAAUUGGUAUGCAUUUAUCUGCACCUUUUGAUGGUGAAAACCAACGUGCUAAAGUGCUAAGUGCUAUAUGUUCGACCCGACGACAUGUUCAAUUUAAAGUAUUGUUUAUUGAUUAUGGUGUUGAAAAAGUGGUGGAGUUUGAAACUUUACGUCCAUACCCACAUCGUUAUAUGUCAGUUCUAAAUAUACCCCCGCGAGUAUUCGAGUGCCGUUUAGCACAUAUUCAACCAAGUGAAUUACAUAAUAAUAACAACAGCUGGGCAGAUGGAGCUAAUGAUAUCCUAAAAGAAAUUUCCAAUUCCGGUAUAGUUAGCAUAAAGAUUUUUUCACUUGUAGAUAAACUGGCAAACGUCGAGAUACAUAGUGAUAAUGGUGGAUUACAUGAGAUUUUAGUCCACAAAGAAUUAGCACGAAAAUCAGAGGAAAGUUAUGCGUCAAAGAUGGAUCAUGAUACUCGCCGUCGUAAGCAAGCUGUUUCUAGAUGUUUAAGUGAGGACGAUAUCGCAAAGGAAAAUUUAGAUUAUCUAAAUUCAAUACAAUUAGAUCUUGAUGUAGAGGUUGAUCCUCCACCAGCAGAUAUAUGCACCAAAACAGUUACAUUAAAAGGUCCAUUUAGUCCACUGGAAGUGAAAGUUUUUAGUGCAACACGCGCUGGUGCUUGGAAAAAUGUAUUAAUUGAACGAGACUCAAUUAAUAAUAUAUUACUUGAUACCGACCCUUACGAUUUACAUGAACGUCUAGUAGUUGCUGCGUCUGUCAGUGAAAAUCAAAAUGGAGAUUCACUUACAGCACGAUGUACAACAAUAAUGCCAAAUAUACAUGGAUUUUCAGCCUUAAUGACUCUGCUUUUUUGUCCGCGUGUUCAAAUUAAGUGCAAUAAACAACGCACAAAAUUUGUAUCUAUAUUAGCUGGGUUAGGGUUCGACGAAGAAACUCAGGAACCAUUAUAUGAAGAACACGAUAUCGUAUUAAAUUUAGAUGUGGACUUAUUACCUGCUGAUAUAGAACUGAUAAAUCAAAUACGUUACUGUAUGGACUCGAUCAUUUACACAGAUCCUGAUGAUUCGAAAUUAAGUGUGCCAAUAAAACAACGAGAAGAUCUGUCAGCCAAAAUUAAAAGUCUUUUGAUAAGGCUUCUAAAUAAGAAUCGAGAUUAUAUAGAAACACAGAAAAAUUUUAGUGACAAUGAGUGGCAAAAAUUUGACGAUGCAGAUUUAUUAUCUGUUAAUGAUGUCUAUGGUCAUCGCACAAUUUUCCCAAUGCAUAGUAUACUGAAUUUAUGUACGGAGAAAUUUGAAUCAAUGCAUGCUUUGGGUCUUCAUUGUAAAGAAUUGUAUGAGCAAAGCAACUUCGGUGGUUACAUAAAUCCAAUCACAUGUCGACUAUGUAAUCAGUUAUUGGAGAAUAUAAAUCAAUUGCGUUUGCAUCUACUAUCCCAGUUACAUCUUGACCGCGAGAAGCAAAUUAACUUCAAAAUGCAUUAAACACAUAAUUAAAAUUUAUCUUAAUCAUUUUUUUUAAUCAUUCAAAGAAUUUAAAUAAGAAAAAUUUUUUUUAAGA